UCACCAUGAUCAGAUACCAUCACUGUACCAUAGUACUUAGAAACUAAGUUUAUUUACUUAACUUUCUUUUAUUUAUAGAUUCAAAACUAUGCACAGGUUUUGUGAACUUUAUAAACAAACUAUUAAUUAGCAGAGGACUAUGAGUCUACAGAUCAACCAGCCCUCAUUAAUCGAUUGAUCAGCCAUCAUUAAUCAAACACAAUGGCGAUCCUGAAGUGCAUCAUGCAGUUAUCCUUGUCAAUACAUUCACCGUUGAAGGAUUAUCCAGCAUGGAUGAAAGGACUCAUUGAUUGAUUGAUUGAUCAGCAUCACUCACCGCCGACCAGCAGCGCGGAGCCGAAGGCGAACAUGUCAAAAUCACUGAAUCCCUCCGGUGUGAGUGUGAAUAUGAUUGGGUCAUCCCUGUGAUGGACCGGCCAUCUGUCCAGGGUGUUUUCCUGCCUACGACCCGAGACACUGGGAAAGUCUCCAGCCUCCCCACGACCCUACAUAGGACAAGCGCUUUGGAAAAUGUACGGAAUCGAUGGAUGGAUGGAUGUACAGCACUAGCAGAGCGAGCAGAAAGUGCUUGAGCGACACAGAGAUGCUGCAUGAAUAAGCGCCUCAGAAGCCCGUCCAGCGCCGCAGCACAGAAGAUGCCCGGCCGCGUGUUCUGGGGUUUUGCGCUGGCGCUGUGUUGCCUUCCGUCGCUCUGCAGCUCCUGUCCUGCUCAAUGCAGCUGCUUCUACCACAAACUGAGCGACGGAUCCAAGUCAAGGAGCGUCCUGUGUAAUGACCCCGACCUCACUGACAUCCCAAACAACUUUCCCUCGGACACCUCCAAACUCCGCAUUGAGAAAACAGCCAUCGGCCGUGUGGCCAGCGAAACCUUUCUUUACCUCAAUAACCUGGAGUACCUCUGGAUAUCGUUCAACUCGCUUUCCUCCCUCAGUGUGGACAGUUUCCGUGGACUUUAUGCCUUGGAUGAACUACGGAUGGAUGGGAAUGUUCUCACUUCCUUUCCAUGGGAAUGUUUGACGGACAUGCCCAGCCUUCGCCUUCUGGAUUUGCACAACAAUAAAAUCAGCAGCAUCCCAGCUGAAGCAACCAUUUACAUCAGAAACUUGACUUAUCUGGAUCUGUCCAGCAACAGUCUGGCUACCGUCCCGGCAGAGGUUCUGACUUCAUGGUUCUCUCUGAAACCUCCCCAGGAUACAGAGAAUUCCAAAAUGAUACUGGGUCUUCAUGACAACCCCUGGCAGUGCGACUGUCGUCUGUUUGAUUUGGUGCAGUUCCAGAAGUUUCCUUCCUCCUCGGUGGCGUUCAUCGACACACGUCUGCGCUGUGCCGAACCGGAGAGCCUGUCGGGAGUCCUCUUUUCCGACACAGAACUCCGCAAGUGUCAGAUUCCCCGUGUGCACACGGCCGUCGCGAGGGUCCGUAGCUCCAUCGGGAACAAUGUCCUGCUGCGCUGUGGGACCAUCGGAGUGCCCGUCCCGGAGCUGUCCUGGUCCCGGGCCGACGGCAAGCCCAUGAACGGAACUGUUCAACAGGAAGUCUCUAAAGAGGGCAUCAUUUGGUCCAUUCUCAGCGUUCCUGCUGUUUCAUACCGAGAUUCAGGAAAAUAUGUUUGCAGAGCCACUAACUUUGUCGGGAGUGCCGAUGCCAUCAUCUCACUUGUCAUUUCUGAUACAUGGCAAAUCGACGAAGCAGUCGCCAAAAGAAGCCACGGAAAGAAGAAUGGUGGAUUUGGUCGUGCGGCAUAUCAAGAGAAGCUCGUCGCCAGAUACGUGCCGCCCGCCACAUCGGCCGCUGUGCCCAUUAUUGAGCCCCUGAACGGACCAAAAGACACGUCGUCGAUCAAGAUCGAAAGCUACAGUGUUUCUGACGAUGUUUCAAAAGCGAAGGCCACAGCGGCACCUGCAGCCGCCGCAGAAACUGACAGCAGUGUUGGUGAGAUUCAGAAAGACGUGUUGAGUAACCUUGAGGCCAAUGCUUCUUCUCUGCAGCAGGGCCCGGAGCGCAGAGUGGUUCGAUCGGUCAAAGUGAUCGGCGACACCGACCACACAGUGUCACUAAACUGGCGAGCGCCCACCGCGACCAACACCACGUCCUUCAGCGUUCUGUAUGCUGUCUUUGGUGAGCGAGAUAUGCGCCGCAUUAAUGUUGGGCCGGGCAAGAAUCGCAUCACCAUCGAAGGCCUCGUGCCCAAAACCAAAUACAUAGCGUGUGUGUGUGUGAAAGGCCUCAUCCCUAAGAAAGAGCAGUGUGUGAUCUUCUCCACAGACGAGGCGGCCAGCGCCAGCGGCACGCAGAAGCUCAUUAACGUGGUCGUGAUCACGGUCGCCUGCGUCAUCGCAGUUCCUCUGACCCUCAUCGUCUGCUGCGGGGCGCUGAAGAGGAGGCUGCAGAAACUGCUGGGCCGGAAGUCCAAAGACAUUCAAGACUCGUAUGUGACGUUUGAGACUCUGUCUCCAGGCACCAAAGCUAAAGGCCUGGAGGGUGAAUAUCUGAGCAGACUCAACCCAGAUGAAUCCAACCGCCUGCUGUCGGCCCGCUCCAGCGUGGACUCGGAGGCCACGGCCCGGACCGAAGGACAACCAAACGAGUACUUCUGCUGACAGACCAGCGCAGGGCCGCGUUCGCCCUGAUCGAGACUCUGUUUCAUGUGCUUGAAAGCAUGUUGACCUUUCUCAGCCCCGGAAGGGAACAAACCACCUCAAGUUCAGUGUUCAAAAAGGGAAAAUUAUCACGCAAGAAUGAAAUAAUGUCUUUAUUUUUUAUUUUUGUCAUGCACUUUUCCAAUGAAAUGUUUAUCAUUGAUGAAUUUAUCAUGUAUAUUGAAUACUGUGAGAUAUCUUUAUACAUCACGUAAUACCCAUUUGUCUAAUAGUUAAGAUUUUCUGUUUGGACUGUCAGGAGGGGGUUAGUGAUGUACAUGCUUAAUCAUGUACGUGAUUUUUUUCUUUUUACUUGUUUUACUUUAUACUGUUAUAUUGUCACCCCAAUGUACUGGGGUGAGUGUUUUCCACUUUAACCCUAAAACUUAUAAUCUGUCCUAUCAGGAAUAUGUUGUCUGUAUGUACUAAAAUAUUUGUGUUUAAGAAUAUGACUGAAUAAAACCAUUUUUUUUAUA